GAACUUUUUAAGUUGGUCACAUGCAAGAUGGCAGCCUCCUUGUCAGGUAGUGAUCCCUCGUCUACUGCUCAGAGAUCUUUCGUUAUGGCCUCGGAGCUCGAAUACAUGAAGUACAGGUCACCGCUAACAGCAAGAUAUGCGUCACCUGAAAUGUCAUAUAACUUUAGCGAGAUGAACAAGUUUGUAAACUGGAGAAAGUUGUGGAUGUGGCUUGCCAAAGCUCAGCAGACACUUGGAUUGGACAUAAAGGAUGAGCAGAUAGCAGAGAUGGAGGCAAACCUGAGAAACAUCGACUUUGAGGUAGCCAUGGAGGAGGAGAAGAAGAGGAGGCAUGAUGUCAUGGCCCACAUUCACACAUUUGCAAAGUGUUGCCCAAAAGCAGCUUCAAUCAUCCACCUUGGAGCUACAUCAGCCUACGUUGGAGACAACACAGAUUUGAUCGUCAUGAGGGAUGCUUUCAUGAUUCUUAUCCCAAAGGUCGCGCGCUGCAUCCAUCGUCUGUCGAAGUUUGCAGAGCUGCAUAAGGACCUGCCAACUUUAGGCCACACACACCUGCAGCCGGCACAGCUGACCACGGUGGGUAAGCGAUCCUGCCUGUGGAUCUCUGACAUGCUCAUGGAUCUGCACAACAUGGAGAGAGUAAAGCACGAGCUGAGGCUUAGGGGCGUGAAGGGAACCACCGGCACCCAAGCCAGCUUCAUGGCACUAUUCGACAAUAACUCCGACAAGGUCGAAAUGCUAGAUCGACUUGUUGCCGAAAUGGCUGGUUUUAAAAAGGUGUACAAGGUGUGUGGACAAACCUACAGCAGAAAAGUUGACUUUGACUGCCUGUGUGUCCUCGCAAGUCUUGGUGUUAGCAUCCACAAGGGCUAG